CGUGGCGCUACGCCCUGCGUGCGGCAAAAGUGACUCUCUCCGUUAUUGCAAUUGCGAUAGUGACUCUAUCUACUCCACUCGACCGCAGAAAAACGCGUCCCCGCUAUCCACCGUCCUUAAAGAACGUUACGAUGAACCGUACUAACUAUCUAGCCAAUCUCAAAACAACAAAAUGUGUGGUAUUUUAGGUCUUAUCCUUGCCGACCAGAACAAAAAGGUCGCCCCGGAAUUGCUCGACGGGUGUAUGUUCUUGCAGCACCGUGGGCAAGACGCCGCGGGUAUCACCACCUGUGGUAACAGAGGCCGCUUCUACCAGUGUAAGGGUAACGGUAUGGCCAGAGAUGUGUUCACCGAGAACAGAGUCAAGGGCUUGAUCGGAAACAUGGGUAUCGCCCACUUGAGAUACCCAACGGCCGGCUCGUCCGCCAACUCGGAAGCCCAGCCGUUCUACGUGAACUCGCCAUACGGCAUUACCAUGUCGCACAACGGUAACUUGGUCAACUCCAGCGAUUUGCGCAAGUAUUUGGACGACAAGGUGCAUAGACACAUCAACACCGACUCCGACUCCGAGUUGCUUUUGAACGUGUUUGCGGCGCACUUGGAGACCUAUGACCGCCCGAGAAUCGGGAACGAUGAGAUCUUCACCGCGUUGAAAGGCGUUUUCGAGCAGGUCCGUGGGGCGUACGCGUGCACGGCGAUGCUUGCGGGGUACGGGUUGAUCGGGUUCCGUGACCCGAACGGUGUCAGACCGUUGCUCAUCGGUGAAAGAACCACUGCAAACGGUCAGACCGACUACAUGUUGGCGUCUGAAUCGGUUGUGUUGACCGCCCACGGCUUCACCAAGUUCCGCGACAUCCUCCCCGGCGAGGCUGUGAUCAUCCCAAAGGACACUGUCAAGCCGGAGUUCCGCCAGGUCGUUCCGGUGCAGUCCUACUCGCCGGAUAUCUUUGAGUACGUUUACUUUGCGCGUCCAGAUUCCGUCAUGGACGGGAUUUCUGUCUAUAGAACCCGUCUUGAGAUGGGUGUCAAGUUGGCCAACAAUAUCAGAGCCCGCUUCCCAGGCAAGGACAUUGCCAAAGAGAUUGAUGUGGUCAUCCCGGUGCCAGACACGUCGCGUAACUCCGCCUUGGAGUGCGCAGUUUCCCUCGGGAUCCCGUACAGAGAGGGCUUUGUCAAGAACAGAUACGUUGGCAGAACUUUCAUCAUGCCCGACCAGGCCGAGCGCCGCUCCUCGGUGCGCCGCAAGUUGAACGCCAUGGAAUCUGAGUUUGCGGGCAGAACCGUCUUGAUUGUGGACGACUCCAUUGUCAGAGGGACCACCUCCAAGGAGAUUGUCUCCAUGGCCAGGGAUGCCGGAGCCAAGAAGGUUUAUUUUGCCUCCGCUGCCCCGGCCAUCAGAUACAACCACGUGUACGGUAUCGAUUUGGCGGACACCAAGGCGUUGGUGGGCUACAAGAGAUCAGACGAGGAGAUUUCUCGGGUUAUUGGUGCCGACGCGGUGUUCUACCAGGACUUGGGCGACUUGAUCGACUCGGUGAAGAGCGAGCUGAUCUCCACGUUCGAAAUCGGUGUGUUCACCGGCCAGUACGUCACCGGUAACGAGGACAGGUAUUUGAAGGAGUUGGAAAUUGUCCGCGCCCAGAACCAGAGAAUCCGGGAGUUGGGUGUCGGUGCCGGGGUUGCGGGUGAAAACCUCUCCUGCGAUGACAUGGUCGAUGUCAAGGCCGAGUCGGACAUUGGAAUUUACAACAGCGGUGACUACGCCUAAUUAUAGACUUUUUUCUGUUUCAGAACUAUACUUUUAUUAAAAGGCCGAGGCCACCGUAGGGAGACUAAGGCCGUCUACCAUGCCGGGGAAGUCCUUCGGUCGUGAAUAGCUUAUGCCAAGGGACAGACCCACGUCAGCUAGGGUUUGAUACCUAUCAAACAUGUAUGGGGUAUAUCAAUAUCCGUUCCAUCAUGGUAUAACGUCUGCUCUAACAUAUGUAUAUACCUGUAUUCUGACUCCAACUCUAGAGGGAUUAGAAAGUCGCU